AUGUCUGAAUUGCGGGCUGCGCUACUUCAUGGAUCACCUUGGCAAGAGACCAAGUUCCCAGCAAGGGAUUUUGAAAUUGUCAGCGACGAGUAUCUUCUGAUGGAAGAAUCUUUAGACAUCUCCAGCAAGGUACUUUUUGCCUUCGAAGAGAUUGACAUCUAUCGGCAUUUCAGCAGGCAAAACAGUUCACAUCCAGGCUAUCGACAUGUCAGAACUGCUUUAGACGCGUUCAGGAUUUCUCGAGCAGGCGGGGAUUACCAGUGUCUUGUUCAGAAGCCUGUGUGGGAUAGCUUCAGCGAGAUCGUGCAUACAGACAUCAAGGCCGCGGAAACCUUCAUCGAGCUUGACGAUGAAGAAGUGCUGGACGGAUUCGUUGAAGGAGAGAUGAGGUACCCUGGUCCGCGCAAACUUGGGAAUAGACUAGUGUAUGUGUCUUGCAUGUUCGGCAUGCCCGACCGCUGGGGAUCUUUUGUCCCCGGAAACUUUGGCGGAGCAGUUGAGGGCGAAGAGAUGCAGACGCACGAUGCACAACCUGACGUUUACCGAUACCCAGAGGUGAUGCUGAAAACAGAGUGGACCUAUCCUGCGGAUAUCUGGAAUGUCGGCGCCAUGGACUUGUACGAGAAUAAGCAUUUGUUUUACGGCAGCUAUCCGGACGGCAGGGGGUACAAGACGGCAGCGCAUCUGGCAGAAGUUGUGGCGAGGCUUGGGCCACCUCCACGAGACCUGCUCGAGCGAGGUCUGCGCAGCAAAUAUUCUUCGACGAAGACGAGCUGCGAGAUAACCCUGGCCGGACAAGAGCAGUAUGACUCUCUGGGAUUCGUACGGUGCAUGCUGCAGUGGAGGCCCAAGAACCGCGUGACCGCGAAGCAAGUGCUUGACCACCCGUGGCUCAAAGCGCCUAAAUCAAUGGAGCUUUGACACAGUAGUGCUGAAGUAGACCCUUACUGUCGCUCACCCCUGCCUACAAGGUGGACCUCUGCGCAUUCGCC